CGCGGCUGGCCGCCGGAGCCCACACCUGUCCCGCCGCAGGCGGCGACACCAGAGGCAGCGAGGGCGGGGAGAGCCGGCGGAGGCGAGGCCCGCGCUCCGGAGGAAGCGCCGCCCGGCCCCAGGCCUCGGACCCAGCGCCCCACGCUCCGCGGCACCAUGGCCCCGAAGCUGCUGCUGCUCCUCUGCCUGUUCUCGGGCUUGCACGCGCGGUCCAGAAAAGUGGAAGAGGAUGAAUAUGAAGAUUCGUCGUCAAAUCAAAAGUGGGUCUUGGCUCCCAAGUCCCAAGACACAGACGUGACUCUUAUUCUCAACAAGUUGCUAAGAGAAUAUGAUAAAAAGCUGAGGCCGGAUAUUGGAAUAAAACCGACUGUAAUCGAUGUUGACAUCUAUGUUAACAGUAUCGGUCCUGUGUCUUCAAUAAACAUGGAAUACCAAAUUGACAUCUUUUUUGCUCAGACCUGGACGGACAGUCGCCUUCGGUUCAACAGCACGAUGAAAAUACUUACUCUGAACAGCAACAUGGUGGGGUUGAUAUGGAUUCCAGAUACGAUCUUCCGCAAUUCCAAAACGGCAGAGGCUCACUGGAUCACCACCCCCAACCAGCUCCUCAGAAUUUGGAAUGAUGGGAAAAUCCUUUACACUUUAAGGCUCACCAUAAAUGCCGAGUGCCAGCUGCAGCUGCACAACUUCCCCAUGGAUGAGCACUCCUGCCCGCUGAUAUUCUCCAGCUAUGGCUACCCCAAAGAAGAAAUGAUUUAUAGAUGGAGAAAAAAUUCGGUUGAGGCAGCUGAUCAGAAAUCCUGGCGGCUUUAUCAGUUUGACUUCAUGGGCCUCAGAAACACCACAGAAAUUGUGAAAACAUCUGCAGGUGAAUAUGUUGUCAUGACUAUAUAUUUUGAACUGAGUAGAAGAAUGGGAUACUUCACUAUUCAAACAUACAUUCCCUGUAUACUAACUGUGGUUUUAUCCUGGGUGUCAUUUUGGAUCAAAAAAGAUGCUACGCCAGCAAGAACAGCACUAGGUAUCACCACUGUGCUGACCAUGACCACGCUCAGCACCAUAGCCAGGAAGUCCUUGCCGCGCGUUUCCUACGUGACCGCUAUGGACCUCUUCGUGACCGUGUGCUUCUUAUUUGUCUUUGCUGCCCUGAUGGAGUAUGCUACCCUCAACUACUAUUCAAGCUGUAGAAAACCAACUACCAGUAAGAAAAAAACAUCGUUGUUACAUCCAGAUUCCUCAAGAUGGAUUCAUGAACGAAUAAGCCUACAAGCCCCUUCCAACUAUUCUCUCCUGGACAUGAGGCCACCACCACCCUCAAUGGUCACUCUAAACAAUUCUGUGUACUGGCAGGAAUUUGAAGAUACUUGUGUCUAUGAGUGUCUCGACGGCAAAGACUGCCAGAGCUUCUUCUGCUGCUAUGAAGAAUGCAAAUCAGGAUCUUGGAGAAAAGGGCGUAUUCACAUAGACAUCUUGGAGCUGGACUCAUAUUCUCGGGUCUUUUUCCCUACAUCGUUCCUGCUCUUCAACUUGGUCUAUUGGGUGGGAUACCUGUAUCUCUAAAUGUUCCUCCUAGUGAUGAGUGAUGAGUGUUAGGUUCCUCUCUUUACCCUUCACCCUCCCCAAACCAGUAGUGACCAAUUGGAUUAGCAAGGAAAGACACUGCUCAGUUUAUCUGAAAUUAUAUGUUACCUUUGAGCACGGCGGGAGUAUAUGGCAAAUAUUUAUAGUAUGUAUUUCACACACACACACACACACACACACACACACACACACACACACACACAAGUUAACUGGGCUUUAAAGUGGUAUUCUUGCUAAUCCCUAACUGAAUCUGUGGCUCAGUGAGGUUUACGAAUGGGUUUUUGGUUAUUGGAAGCAGCUGCCAAAUUUCCUGCAAAGAAAUCUGUAAAACACGAGCAGAUAUCUGA